UGGAGAUGCUGGCUGAGGAUCCUGCCGAGCAAUAUGGUGAACGCGAGCUGUUCGAGCGGUCUUACUACAAAGAGAUUGCCGCCGCUCGGGAGCUGGUGGACAGGCACCGCAGCCAUCGCGCCAAGGAGGUUCAAUCCGAGCAUCCAAGGCACUUCAUUUGGAGCUUGUUUCGGAUUUGACCAAGGAAGCCUUUAUGGCAGCUCUUAACCGAUUUAUUGGUCGUCGUGGCAAGCCAAGGGUAAUCUUCUCAGAUAAUGGCACGACCUUUGUUGGUACCUUCAAUGAGCUCUCAAAUCUCUUAAAACAAGACUUUGCGGCAGAUAUGGCCGACGCGCAAAUCAAUUUCUCUUUCAUCCCAGCAUACACACCUCACUUUGGAGGAAUCUGGGAGUCUGCCGUGAAGUCCGUAAAGUACCACCUGCGACGAACCCUAGGUCUUACACAUCUCACCUAUGAAUUAUUGGCUACGUGCUUAGUAAAGAUCGAAGCGAUUUUAAACUCACGUCCUCUUACGCCACUUUCUAAUGAUCCAUCUGAUCUAUCCUUUUUAAGUCCAUCUCACUUCUUAAUUGGAAGGCCUCUCACGUUUUUGCCUUACCCUCAGCUCACCAACCUAAAGAUUACCUCACUUCAAAGGUACCAGCGCAUCGAGUUCCUUAAACAGCACUUCUGGAACAGGUUCUCCACUGAGUAUAUUUCUGGCCUGCAACAGAGAACCAAAUGGCAGAGCUCAAGGGGCAAACUCGACGUCGGAACCAUGGUAGUAAUCAAGGACAAGAAUCUACCGCCGCUUAUGUGGCUGCUCGGCCGCAUCGUCCAAGUACUGCCUGGCAGAGAUGGCAUCGCAAGAGUAGCCGACAUAAAGACGAAAAAGGGAGUCAUUCGUCGGGCCUUCAACACAAUUUGUCCUCUACCCAUCCAAGAUCUUGAAGACCCAAGCUCUUCAAUGCCGGGAGUAUAUGUUGGUAACAAUACCGCCGCCGCAUCAAAUUGACUCCACAGCAACAGCGAUGACGUCACGUCACCGGACCGGUUAGCCGGCGACGGGCCCGGGGACCGGUCCGCGGGGGGACGGGCAGAAUCGAAAUAACGGCUCGCGGAACGCACACAUAUCGCGUCGCGUCCAAAUUAAUUAUAAAUAAUAAGAAUAUCUUUGUA